CAUGGCUAGAACCCAUCGAAUUCAAAGUUUUCGGAUCCGAAACUAAUACGACAGGCUCUAACUACGACAUUCAUUUAAAAACUACGGUAAAAGUGCAAUAUCUCGACAUCAAUAAGCUACAGACUUGAAUUAUCAUUAUCACAAGGAACAAAUGCUACUGGUUCACAAGUAACACUAUCUGAUCAAUUAUAUCGUCAAGCAAAAAUUGAUGAAGAAAAUUGAUGUUUAAAGAAAAAAAUCGAAAACUGGUGCAGAAUUAAUUCAUGAUAAUGAUGAUGAUAUUUAUCUAACUGUUAAAGUAACACAUGGCGGUGAAUUAUAAGAAAAUACUACAGAAAGUGAAAAUAAAGACAAUGAUAAUGAUGUGUGUGUUGAAAAAAAUAAAAAAUAUGAUCCAUAUCGAGCACUUAAUAUUGACUUAAAUGAAAAACCUAUUCAAUCGAUUCCUACACCAUCACCAUUGACAUUUCAAUUAAAAGAAUCAGUUCCUAAACAAAAAAAGAAAAUAAUUGAAAAACAAGAACAAUUAUCAACACCGAAAUCUAAACACAAACAAGAACGUAGUGAUGAUAAAGAAUUAUUAUCACCAGCUGAUGAAGAAGAAAAUCGUCCAACUUCUUCUACACCUUCUCCUGCUCCUCCUGCUACUGCAGAGAAAACCAAAGUAAAAAAAUCAUUAUCAGAAACAACAACAAUUAAAUUAAAUACAAUUGAAACAGAUCGAAUUGAAUUUAAACUUAAUUUACCUUGUUCACGAUAUUUAUGA